GCAUGCUGAUUGGCUCGCCCUCGAGGACAGCACCGGUGUCUUUAAGGCUUUUCAGGAUGGUCCCAGGCGGCUUAUGUACUACACCGCAGUGGCACGCCUGUCCAUACUUCCUGGGUUGCACUGUAUUUGGCAUGGUGCUGAAUUGGAUGACAUGCUUGCUGACACACCAGCUUCGGUUCAUGUUUGCGCCAAUGUUCAGAGUGAUUGGUGGCUGCGCAUUUUUGCCAUCCGCCCAGUGCAUAUCGCGGCGAUCUCGCCCCCCUGCCAGCCUUGGAGCGCUGCUGGGUCAGGGGCUGGCCUUGCAUCGGAUGACGGCUUGCUUAUGCUGCGCGCUGCUGACAUACUUGGUGCUGUACAGGUGCCGGUCGUCGUGUUGGAACAGGUCGCAGGCUUCUUGAGGCACCCGCAUGCCGACACUGUGCUCUCUGCUUUUUCCAUUGUCGGCUACUCCAUUGUUUGGCAGGCUACUAUUGACCUUCUUGAUGUGCUGCCCUGCUCCAGGUCCACCCGCACUUACCGGCCUCCUCUGGGCCUGUUCGCGGCGGCACAAUCUUGCGACUGCGCAGACCGGCCACGCAUCGCAAAGCAGGUUGCCGCAUUGCAUGGGGCUGUCCGGCCUAUCUUGCUUCAGGAGGCCGCGGCUGGACUGGCUUAUGCCUGCCAUGCAUUGGGGUGCAAGCAUUCACCUGAGCCCGCAGAGGCUGUUGCACGUUGCCUCUCUGCCCGAGUCCAUAAUGCCAAUGCCUUCUUCCUCCCCAGAGGCCAGGACUGGAUCCUCUGUCGCAAAGACCAGGUCUUUGAGCUCCUUGCGUCUGGCGCCAUUAAGCCCCUGCCUACCCCCAGCCAGCCAGCUCCUGUUGAUUUUGUGCCAGUCACUUUUCAGAGCAGGCAGACAGAUGUUACGGUCUACGCGCCUUCUGGGGCCCCGGCACUCAGAGUGUUUUCACACCUUGGCGUUGCGCACCUUGCACCUACACUACCAGCUGCUGCACAUGACCGCCUCCACGCCUUACGGCUUAGUGUUGAGUUGCCCCCUAGCUUGGAUUGCGCCGGCUUUGUGGGUGGCUGUGCUGACAAGACCGGAUUGUGCACUGUGCUGGUCGCCAAUGGGGUCUUCAUUGUUGACACGUGGUCCCCGCGCAUGUGGACCCAGCUUCUCAAUGUGUUUGACUUCCUCACGCCUGAGGCAGAGGACCUGUGUUGCUGGAGCCCAUCUGGGCACAGACUGCAACUUGCCGAUGAUUUCGAGGGCUGUGUUGUGGCGAACACAUCGCCUCCUGAGGCUGCGCGUCUCCCUCUCAGCCUGCUUGCCGCAUCUGUUCCCGCCCUGCAGGCCACAUUUCAGGCUCACGAGGCCCAACUUGCGUGCCCUGCUGUUUCAGCUAUUGACUUGUGGCUGGGCUUCCCGUUCCAUCUUGUGCUCGCUUAUGGCUGGGAUGCACAGGUCGAGAACUUCCCGCCGGCCCAUGGCGCCUCUAUGUUCAUUCGGAUGCAGCCUCUGACCGGUCGAGUGCAUAUGCAGCCACCCGCCCUGCCUCGCCAGUUGCGUGCCUGGUUUCUUGUGGCUCGUCUUGAUGCUGCCUCCGUCUCUGCUACUGCAGAAGGCUCUAUGCAGGUUGAGGUGCAGGUUGAAGCCCAGCGUAUUUGGUGGGGUUAUCUCCCUGCUCUUCUGAGGGUUGCGCAGUUCGAUCUUUGGUGGCGUGAGGCCUCUCAGGUCUGCCAGCUCCCACCAGAUGCGCGGGUUUUCUCGGGGCCUUUUCCCGUCUCGGCUGAGGAUUCCCUGCUUGCCGUACACUCCCGGCGUGGCCAAAGAGUUCUUCGAAAAAACGGCCACCUUCUCAUCACUCUGCAGCCCUCUGUUGUUGGUGGCGGUGUCAAAGAUGAGCAAAAGCAUUGGGCCCAGACUCGAGCGGCCUCCGUCUGCCUGGCCCAAGGCCUGGAUCUUCGCACCACCACGGCUUUCAUCGAUGAAGUUUCCACCGAGGGCUCUACUGCCCGCCUCAGCCAAGCCAUUAAGGCCACCAGCGAGGAUGCCAAGUGGGCCCAGCUUACGGCCUAUGCCAAAGACCUUGGGGUCCCAGUGCCGCAAACCACCAGCCUCUUCCAGAGAGCCGAUCAGCGUGCUAAGCGCCAGUUCCAGAAGCGACGCUCCCAGGCCGGCGAUCAACUCAGGGCCUCCUCUGUGCAGGUUCAAACCGGAUUCUUUGUUAACGACGAUGGAUCCCAGACCCAGAUCCUUGACAGCAUCCGUCCCGGGGCCACUGGGUUGCUUUUGGUUGAUGGUGACCAAGCUGGCGACGCUCUUGCUACGCUUCAGGGCGUCCAACCAGACGAGCUCGGCAUUCUUGUGCUGGGCCACACCUGUCCCAACCCUGACAGCUGCUCCCGUCGUGUGUCCUUCCCUGCAACAGGUCGGGCGUGUGGCUCACAACUUCUCCUUGCAGGCUGCCUUCACAAUGUAGGUGGCAAGGCUAUCCGCCCUUCCCAGCAGACAGACAUCACUGUCGCUCUGCCUGACAUCCUGUGCUGCACAUUUACGGCCUUUUCUGAUGAGUUCCCUGCGGGCCAGUGGGAACAGAUUGUACAGGCACCUGUUAAGCAGAUCUUGUCUGUCUUUCAGGACAUUGCCGCUGCCAAGACCAUUGCCACGCCAUGGGGCCGCCAGUUCAGGUGCAAAGGUAAGGUUGCCAGUCCUGCGGCUGCUGAUCAGGUUAGCUUUCAGGCCAGGGUUCCCAAGAGUGAGGCUGAAGCCCUCUUGAUUGCCAGUGGGCACAACUGUGUCUACAUCACGCCACGGACGCUCGACAGCAGUUUGCUCCCUGGUUACUCCAUCAUUUGGAUAGGUGGUCAGCGCCAGGACGCUGUCAAGGCAUCCCUUCAAAUCCCCGAGCAGCGCGGCCUUGUGCGUUCCAAAGACCGCUUUGGGUUAAGGGUGCCUGAGGCUCGUUAUGAGGCUGCAUACGGCCUGAUCCGACCUGGCCAAACCGCGCCCAACCGUGUCGCUGUUCAGUACUUGUUCCGAGUUGGACCCGUGCCUGCCGGUGCUGAUGCCACAGCGGUCUCUACCUGGGCUGCCAAAUUCAACUGGAGCAUUAAGAUCAUCCGCGCUUCUGGCCCGAGCCAUUGGCUUGUUGGUGCUGCCCAGCAACCUCCCUCUGCGUGGCCGUUGUUUAACAGCCAGACAGUCCUCAUCAACCCGGUCCACCAGCGUGAGGUUCGUCAAUCUGUGGUGCAGUCUGGCAGCCUGAGCACCAAGGCACAAGCGACGCCGCCAGCAGCCGCCAAAGAGCCUCGAGCAGCCGAGGACCCCUGGUUGUUCAGUGAUCCGUGGAGCGCCUCUCGUUCUUCUGUGUCUUCUCUUGGCAGCCGAGAGUCCGGGUCCCGCUUCCCGGCCCCAGCACCUGCUCCUGUCAAUCGUGUAGUUGCAGGUCCCACGGAGCAGCGCUUCCAGCAACAGGAAACACGCAUCCAUGCCCUAGAGGAAGGCAUACAGGCGCUCAAGAUUCUGCAGGAGCAGAACCACGGCCAGCUUGUGCAGCAGCAGGCCACUGACCGCCAGAAUGCCGCCCAGGCUACCGCUGGACUUCAGGAGCAGCUUAGCUCCGUCGGCACCGAGCUCACUCGUCAGCUGCAAGCCUCCGCCGAAGCCCUCCAAAAUGCACAGACGCAGCAGCAGAAGCAGAUGCAGUGCAGCCUUGAUGAGCUCAAAAGCCUUUUCCUCGAGAGUCGCGAACACCGGGCUGCAGCCAAAAAGCCGAAAAUCGCCUGGGGUGAAGUGCUCCACCAAUGCGUGGACGUUGACUCUCUGAGUGCUGCCGGGGUUGUGGCGCUUUCAAAGUUCAGUUUUUUGCUCGGCGCAGGGGUGCGCGCCUCUCCGUUCCGAUCCCCAGCUGUGCAUCCGUUCCAGUUUGAUGAUACUUAUACAGUGCUUUUUCCCUGCGGCUACAGUGCUUCUUAUUUGGGCCAGUUUGACUGCCUUCGCGGCUGCCGCAUUGGCGAGGCCCAGAACCCUGGCCCGUUCCGUCAAACCGACAUUCGCCAAUUUCGUUCCGCCUCUGCUGGCACACCUGAACUGCUUGUGCGGACGUCUGAGAACCCACCUGCUCUCACAGCGAGUUCUCCUGGGUCGGUUCCCCAGGCCCCUCCGCAAUCUGGUGCCUCGGCUGAUUCUCCCCCGUCUUCCACGGCUGCUGCUACGCCUGCCUCUUUCCCGUUGCGGCUUGCAGUCAUCAAUCCCACCUCCCUGCUUCACAAGGACCGGGAAAUCCUUGAUCUUGGCCAGGAUGUUAUACUUGCCUCAGAGACUUCGGCGGUUGAGGCAGUGCAGCGCAUUGUUGCGCACAAACUCCGUCCUGCCGGCUUCACCACACUUUGGAGUGCUCCUGUGUCCCCCCACCAGGGACAGCGUGAAAACCAAUCCACUCUCCGUGGACAUGCUGCGGGCGUUGCCCUGAUUUCGCGCUUACCGGCCCGCAAAUCCUUUGUACCUUUGGAGCCACAGGUUGCGCAGGCCUCCCGACUCCUUGAGAGUCAUCUCCGUAUUGGCCAGUUUGAACUCAGAGUCUUCGUGGUCUACGGUUACCCGGCCAACUACCAGGAUGCCGGUGGCCGUAAUGCUGCUCUCCUGCUGGAGGUCCUCCGCCGUCUGAUUGCCUGCCCCGUCCCUGCCAUCAUUGGCGGAGACUUCAAUACUGAUAUCACUCAGCUCCCUGAGUUCGGCAUGUUUCAGCAGCUUGGCUUUGUUGAAGCUUUCCAAUAUUGGCAAGCCCGCACUGGACAGGAGCUGCCACCCACUUGCAAGCAGGCCACGCGCCAUGAUACCUUGCUGCUUCCGGGGUCGCUGCUACAGUAUGUCCAGGACCUACGAGUCGCCACUGACCUGCAUUUCUUUGACUCACAUGCCCCGUUUAUGGCUGAGUUCCUUCUGCCCGAGCGGCCACCGUGUCUGCAGACCUGGCGCAUGCCAGCUUCCUGGAUGUCAUUUCUCCCACAGGGCACCGACUUGACCCCUUUCUAUGCUCGCUAUCAAUGCCAGGUUCAGGCUGCCAUUCAGGCCUGCCGCACCACGGAUGAGCUGGAUGCAGCCUUUCAAACGUGGGCCUCCGCCGUUGAGGCUGCUGUUGAUACUGCUGUCAGGGCUGCCCACACUGAUUCGCCGGAUCUCUGCCCUGCUAAGGCUUUGCCCAAGCUCGCCAAGGGACGUUGCGCUUAUCGUCCACUCCGCAAGCGCCCCUUCCCACGCUCCGCGCCGCAAGGACGCUGUGGAGACUACUCACCCUCCUGUGAGGCCGUCACUGUUGUUGCAAGGGCUAAGGUCAGGCAGGUUCGGCGCCUUUCCACCUUUGUGCAGGGCCUGACCAAGGCCGCGGGGUAUGAUGUCCCUCCUCCCACGGUGCAUGCGCAGCUAAGCCAGGAAUGGGCUGCCAUAACCAGAGGGCGUGGUUACGCUCCCAACUUUGCCACCUGGCUCCUGCGGUGUUCACACUUUGCCACCUACUGGUCUUCCUUGCCUCCUCUUGAGUGGGCCCGGGACGUGCUCCAGUAUGUCAAGUUCGAUGCUGAAGCCCACGUCCGCUGUGAGGCGGACCAUCGGCAGAAACUUGCCCGUUUUCAGGUUCACCAGGACAGCACAUCAGGCUGCUCCCGCCUUGGCUUUCGUUCAAUGCGGCCUCAGCCUCGCCCGCCCUUUCUCUGCAUUCCCUAUGAAGAGAAUCAGGCCGCCCAGCUUGUCUGUGCAGAGUCUAAUGACACUGGCCUCUACUUUGUGCCCAUGCCGCGCUUUGUCAGAAUUGGUCAGGCCGCCAGCCUUGACGAUACGCCAGUCUGGGUCGAGUCUAUUGUUGAAACCGAUGCCAACGGCCCCCUCCUCCGACUUCACAGCUCCCAUCUGCCGCUGCCUUCCGCGGCUCGUUUUGCUCAAACCAGUGCCGCAUGCACAGCUGAUGAGCUUAAUAGGGUGUUUGUUGAGUUCUGGGCUCCUAUCUGGUGCCGGGACAAAGGUGCCGCCAGAACUGACCUCUCUCACUGGUCCAUUUUCCUGCAAAACCUGCCACCUGCGCCCCCCUCGGCCCAAGCCUUGUCUGUGAACAUGCAGGACGCUGACCUGUGGGCCCAGCAAAUCCGCCGCCUCAAGAAUGGCCGUGCCACCGGCUAUUGCGGCUUCAGCCCGGCCGAACUCAAGACUUUGCCUGCGGCGGCGGUCCAACACCUCGCCCAUCUGUUUGCCCGCUGCGAGGACUGUGGAUUCCCUCGGCAUCUGGCCCAAGCUACUGUGCACAUACUUGCCAAAGUUGAUGAGCCCCAGCACAUUGGUCAGGGACGGCCCAUCACUGUGUAUGCCACCAUCUACCGCCUGUGGUCCAGCAUUGCAGCCAGGUCCAUACUCAGGCAAUGGGCCACCUGGCUUCCCGAAUCUGUGCGGGGAUGCGUGCCAGGCAGGGGCGCCCGUGAAGUCUCGCUCGUCAUACAAGUUAUGAUUGAGGAAGCCCUUAUGUCGGGUAGGGCUCUCGGCGGCUUCUCUCUUGACAUCAUCAAGUGCUUCAAUCAACUCCCUCGUAUGCCGCUGCGCCACCUGCUGUUGCACCUUCAUGUGCCACCGCACAUAGUCGAGAUAUGGUUUCAGUUUCUUGACUGUAAUACGAGAUUUGCCCUUUUCCAUGGCGAGCUUGGCAGUCCUGUUGCCAGCACCACGGGAGCACCGGAAGGGGACCCAUUGUCGGUCGUCGGCCAAAUUGCUAUUUGCUGGGCCCUGGUUGCCAGCACUAGCCAGCCGAACACUUGGCCCUGGGUUUAUGUCGAUAACCUUACAUGGCUUGCGUCCGAGACGUCCUUGCUCAGUAGCAUGCUUCGUAGAGCCACUGACUUCUGCGACAGCCUCCGCCUUCCCGUUGACUGGAAAAAGUCAUUCGCUUGGGGCACCUCAAGGGAAAUCCGUUCCUUCUGGUCCAAAGCGCUGUUGCCGGGGUGCCCCGCUGACUGCCGUCUCCAACUUGUUUCAGAGGCUAAGGAUCUUGGGGUUGCCUUCCGAUUUGAUCGCUUAGGAGGGUUGGGCAAAGCCGCCUCUCGCAUCGCCGAGGGCCUCCAGCGCCUGAAGCGGCUACAGCGUCAACACCGACCCCUCCAUAAUGCUGCCCACCUUGUUCAAACAGGUAUCUGGCCGGCGGCCUUCUACGGGCUCGAAGGCCAUCAUGUCCCAGAGGCUAAGGUUGACCAAUUGCGCUCGGGUGCAGCUAGGGCUAUCUGUGGGGAGAACCAUAGCAUGUCGCCCCACCUAGCGCUGAGCUGCCUCAAUGCAGCCAUCUUGGACCCAGCUGUUUACCUUCUGGUUCAAGCACUUUGUGCGCUUCGUGGCCUCCUGCGUGCAAUCCCCGAAUUUGGGCAGAAAUGGCUGCGGUUUGCUUCUGACCCCCUCCUUGAACCCCGCCGUGUCAUUGGCCCUGCUACGGCCCUCGCCAAACAACUCCGUGCACAGGGCUGGGUGCUUAAGACAAAUGGGGUCUUGAAGGGCGCUGGGCACUGGCACCUUUGCCUUUUCACCAGCACACCGCGACAGAUUCGUAAAGCUUGCCAAGCCGCUUGGAUUGAGGCCCUGCCGGACCGCAUUGGCCACCGAAAUGGGCUGCAGAGCACUGCUUGCCCCUGCCCUCGCAUCAUGAGCCGAGUUCUUCAUAAGUUCCCGCAUGGCGCCCAGCUGCAUCUUGCGCGUAGUGUUGUCGGCGGUUUCCUUUCCCGGGCUGCCCGUGCUUCCUUCGACCCGCUUGUUGAGAAAGCCUGCCCUUACUGUGGUGACGCUGAUACCAAGGCCCACCGCCUGCUCCAGUGUCCGGCCACACAGUCUGUGCGGCAGCCGUUCCAGGCUCUUCUUAAUUGGAUUGGUGACAACAACCCCCACUGGAUUCAUGCCCCCUUCCCGGUCGCACAUCCUGAUGAGGGUUUCCUCAGAUUGCUUUGGGGCAGUCGGAUUCUGCCAUCACCGCCUUGCGUGCGUCCACUGCUCGACCGUCAAGGUGCUCGUGUGCAUGACUUCUUCACAGACGGUUCUUGUAUACACCCCACGUGCCCUUCUGCCCGGCAUGCGGCGUGGAGUGUUGUAAUGCACCAACCGUGCAACAGUGUACCUGAUUUGCGCCUCUUGCUCGAUGAGCCCAAGCUCCUACCGGCAGUGUUUCCCGUUGUUGCCCAGGGGCUCCUUCCAGGUGAGCAGACCAUUUACAGGGCCGAAGUUGCGGCAUUAGUGCAGACUGCAAUCAUUGCCACAGACCAUCCCGAGCAUGUUUUUCACGUGUGGGCUGAUUCCAGCAGCGCGCUGCGGACACUUCAGGCAUGGCUUGACUGUUCUCCCGAGGAGGCACCUCCGCCAUCGCCCGCCGGCGACAUUCUUGCUCUGCUGCCUGCUCGGCGCCCGUGUAACCUUGCCUUGCACAAGGUUAAGUCCCACCAGAAUUUGAGGGAAGCACCGCCUACUGAGUUGCUUUAUGCUCUCGGCAACCAUGUGGCCGACACCGCUGCCAAAGCUGCUGAGAAAGACGACUUGCCAGGUCUCCGUAACCAACUCGACAGUGUUGCUCAAUGGUGCGGCGAGCAAGAGGAGAACUUGUUUGCCUUCUUCCAAUAUCUGCUUGAGGUUACCAAGGCUGUCGCCAACCUUCGCAGCGGCCUCGACCAGCAGGUUGCUGACAACUCCUGGGCUGAGGCUGACGAGGCCGGCCGUCUACAGCAGUGGUGUGCCUUAAAUGGCCCGGAACAACGGUACUUUCUCCCGCCCGCAGGGCCUGCUGAUCCCACGAGAGCAAUUCAACAGCAAACAGCUUGGCCGCCUCAGUUCCUGCACUGCCUCUACUCCUGGAGCCAGCAGCUGCGUUGGCCCGCCGCUGAUGCCACUUUCACUCCGCAUAAACUUGCAGGGAUCACCUUCCUCGAGCUCCUGACGAACUUUGUGGUGUGUACAGGCCGGCUGCCACCUGUGCAGCUGAAGAGUGGAACGGCGUUGCAAUGGAUUGAGCUGACUGAUGCUACUGGCAUUCUACAUCCUGUUGUACUUCGUGACGUGCUGCUGGGAUUCCUUGCUGCUGUCCGAUGCUUGGAUAAGGCGCUUGGCGUGCGCUGUUGGCCUAGUCAACGACACCACAGACUUCACUGCUUGCGUCUCUUUGGACACCGUGAUGGCCGCAAGGGGCUACUGCUGCGCCCAUUGCUCCCGCAGGCUUUGUCUACUGGUGAUCUCGUUGCCAAAAUUGCUACAAGCUGCUGUGGUGAAGUUCUUAGGGAUUUCGCGCUUAAAUGGCGCCCGCCGUCCUAA